UUGGGCUUUGGGGAUAUAUGGACAUGAACAAGUACUGUACCUGCGUCGAUAUGAUGCUCACUCUUCACUCUCGCUGUCAGGCUGCUCUGAGAUGCUGAUGGCCAAGGUCGUGACUGAUCUGGCCAAUAGGACGCCAGGAAAGGAGGCGGUUGCCAUGGAGUCGUUUGCAAAGGCUCUGAUGAUGCUGCCGACCAUCAUCGCAGACAACGCAGGGUACGACAGCGCCGACCUGGUGGCUCAACUGAGAGCUGCACACAUGGAGAACAAGACCACCUACGGCCUGAACAUGAAUGAAGGCACGGUGGGCAGCAUGGCGGAGCUGGGGAUCACAGAGUCGUUCCAGGUGAAGCGUCAGGUGCUGCUGAGCGCGUCAGAAGCUGCAGAGAUGAUCCUGAGAGUGGACAACAUCAUUAAAUCUGCUCCCAGGAAGAGAGUCCCCGACCAUCACCCCUGCUAGAGGACCAGGAUGAUGAUGAAACGGGGGAGGGGAUCAGUUUUGUUAUUUAUCACCUCUGUGUAGCUCAAGUUUAAGAAAACGCUCCGCUGUUUGUUUUUUUCUGUCAGGCUCUCUGCUGAAGCACUGCACGGUGCUAACAGGCUAACGUUAGCCGCUUUGUUACGACACCGCUUAGGACGGACAUUUGGAUGUUGUUUGUUUUGUUUACUGAAAUAAAUGAACCAAUCCUCAACA